CGGGGCCCGCCGCCUGUCGCCGGUGCGCGGCCAUGGCGAGCCUACUGCAACGGCGGGCUGCCGCCACCCGCCGCUUCCUCCUCUCCCUGCCCCCGCGGCCCCCAGGCCUGGCGGCAGCUCGGCGACACAACAGCUGGGCGCUGCCCGCCUCGCUGGUGCGCUGGGGCGGCCUGGUGGGCGGCCGAUGGGUGGAGGCGCCCACUGUUUUCCCCGUGCAGGACCCGGCCAGCGGUGAGGAGUUGGGCCGAGUGGCCGACUGCGGGGCGGCCGAGGCGCGGGAGGCCGUGCGGGCCGCGCACGAUGCCGGCGCCGCCUGGGGCCGCCUCCCCGCCAAGGAGAGGAGCGUGCGCCUCCGCAGAUGGUACGAGCUGAUGAUAGAGAACAAGGACGAGCUGGCGAGGAUCAUCACGGCCGAGAACGGGAAGCCUCUGAAGGAAGCACAGGGUGAAAUCCUGUAUUCUGCCUCAUUUCUGGAGUGGUUUGCGGAGGAAGCUCGCCGGGUUUAUGGUGAUAUCAUUCCAGCGUCUGCAAAAGACAGAAGAAUCCUGGUGCUGAAGCAGCCUGUAGGAGUGGCAGCCAUCAUAACCCCAUGGAAUUUCCCCAGCGCUAUGAUUACCCGGAAGGUUGGUGCAGCUCUGGCAGCUGGUUGUACAGUGGUAGUGAAACCUGCAGAGGACACACCGUUAUCAGCACUAGCUCUUGGGGAGCUUGCAAACCAAGCUGGAAUUCCAGCAGGAGUGUAUAAUGUUGUUCCUUGUUCCAGACAACAGACACCAGCUGUAGGGGAAGUCCUGUGCACUGAUCCAUUGGUAGCCAAAAUAUCUUUUACCGGCUCUACAGCAACAGGAAAGAUACUGCUGAAACAUGCAGCUGGCACGGUGAAGCGAGUUUCCAUGGAGCUUGGAGGACAUGCUCCCUUCAUAGUGUUUGACAGCGCCAGUGUAGACCGUGCUGUUGCAGGAGCGCUUGCUUCCAAAUAUAGAAACUCAGGGCAGACCUGUGUUUGCACAAACCGUUUCCUGGUGCAAAAGGGAAUCCAUGACAAAUUUGUGGAAAAGUUUGCUAAAGCCAUAGAGAGAGAACUACACGUUGGAAGUGGAUUUGAUGAAAAUACUACCCAAGGGCCUUUAAUUAAUGAAAAAGCAGUGGAGAAGGUAGAGAGACACAUUAAUGAUGCAGUUUCUCAAGGAGCAUCUAUUGUGACUGGAGGGAAACGGCACAGCUUGGGGAAGAAUUUCUUUGAGCCAACAUUACUUAGUAAUGUUACAACAAAAAUGCUUUGCACCCAAGAGGAGACAUUUGGCCCUUUAGCACCAGUUAUCAAAUUUGAUACUGAAGAAGAAGCUAUUGCCAUAGCAAACGCAGCUAAUGUGGGUUUAGCAGGAUAUUUCUACUCCCAGGAUCCAGCUCAGAUCUGGAGGGUUGCAGAACAGCUGGAAGUUGGAAUGGUUGGUGUUAACGAAGGCAUAAUCUCAUCAGUGGAGAGUCCUUUUGGUGGGGUAAAACAGUCUGGUUUAGGGCGAGAAGGCUCAAAAUAUGGCAUUGAUGAAUACUUAGAAAUAAAGUAUGUCUGCAUUGGAGGCUUAUAAAAAUCUUCAAAAAGCACAAUCCCAACAGUUUGGAAAAGAGUGCUGUAGUUUUAAUAAGCUUCUUGAACCAGAUACAUAUAUGAAUGCAACUUCUACCUUCCUUGAAACUAAGCAACCCUGUUCCGUAUGCGUAGAGAUAUUUACAGUAUUCUGUGCUGUCAUAUAUUUUCACGUUAUUUAUACAUUGGUUUUCAGUAAUGUGAUUACAGUGUCUGUAAUUUUCAGCAAGGAGUAGGGAAGAAUGCAGAUACAUUAUUCUUUGAUUACCCCUGUGUGACUGGGAAGACUCAGGGGAAUUGUGCAUAAUGAAAACAGAUCAAAACCUAUGGCAAGGGGAAACUAGACCACCAUUUUCUACUGCCUCUGAUGUUUCAGUGAUGAUGUUGGAGGCUUUGUGGAGGACAGUCUCCAUUCAGAAUUUUGUGUACAUACUUGUCUUUUCUAACGUGGUUAUAUGACCUGCUUUUAGAGACAGGUGUGCCUUUUGUUUGGGUUUUUUAAUUGUGAGAGAAUCUGAUGCUUAUGUAAGGUGAGGAAUUGCUUUUAGCUCCAGCUAGGCAUCCACACAGGUGAACAGACAGCUUUUUCAGUGCAUGUUAAUGCUAGUUGCAAAGCUGACAGCUGUUCAGCUUUGGGCUUUUGAGCAAAGAGCUGUAAUUUGUGCCUAACAGUUUGCACACACCUGGGAUCAAAUAUAACUUUUGUUUGACGUUUGUGAACCCCAGCAGCCCUGAGAACAGGACAGUCCAGGAAGGAUGAGGAGCUGCUGGCUUUGUGCAUAGCAGGAGGAAGAUGGGGUGCUUACUUGCAGGAAUAACUUACAUAAUUGUGACACUAUAAGGGCUGCGUGAAGGAAGCACAAGUGGUGACAUGAUGAUACAGGUAAACUCCCUUCCAUGAAAAGAAUGCGACUAUCCUUGGGUAGAAGUAGUGUCACUGAUGUAAGUGUUCCUCAGUAUCUAAAGAAACAUUACUCACCACCUCCAAAGAACAUGAGCACAUAAAUGAUUCUGUUCCUAUGGACUCUGUGCCUUGAAUUGGAUGUGUGGUUACACAGGUGAAUGUCCAUUAGGGAGGAAGGCCUAAAAACCUUUAAACUUGGCUAACUUGUGGCCUAAUAAAGAUUUAAAUAGAAGUGAUUAGAGGAGAGAUUUCUCUGCAUCACCUUACCACUUGUCAUCUUCAAAAGAUGAUGUAAAGCUUCCUUAAUAUGAAACAAACAAUGCUGUUUAAACUUAAUUUUUCAUGGAAGUCAAAAGAAGCACUUGAAAAAUGAGCAGUGUUAAUUUGGCAAAUAAAUCAGCACUGCAGAAGCUACAGGGAAUAAAUUUUGUUUCCUGUGUUGGUUAAAUUUAUUUCAUGGGGUUAAUCCAUUAAUUAUUAAAAAUAAAUGAAAGAAGGCAGCAGAGCUCUUCUUUCUAUACAUUAAUGAAUGUACCUUACGGAAUGGGUUAUUUUAUCCAAUCAGGCAAAGAGGUACCAGGUAACACAAGACUUGGGAAGGGGGGAAGACAAGCCACGACUGAGUUUCACAGGGUUUUUUUUUAAAGCGCACAUAAGGUGGCAUUGACUGCUACUGAUUAUUUCUAAGUAUUUUUAUGGUUAUAUUUGUGUAACGCUUGAGACCCGGUGGGUCUGGAGCACAUUGUCUGUCAGUAGUGUUUGUGCAUCGUGCCAACUGAAGGGUGGUUAAAGGACACUUAACUGCCCUUCUGGUAAUUUCCAAUGCACCAAAAAAGCACAUUUAAGAUAGUGAAUUGUACAGACUUAAAAUAUGUCUGCCUGUGAACAGCAGUGUAAGAUAAAAGUUAAAGUUAUUUCAUUGAUUGCUCUAUGACAGUGCAGUCUUGAAUGUGCGUCUUACUUUUUGGGACAGUGCAGUUGGAGGAUACAUUCUUUAAUCCACUGCUCUCUUCACUGCAAAGUUACCAGUCUGGUGCAUUGGUACAUUUAUAAACUUGAUGUCUUUUCAGAGAAUAGCACUGUUAAUGAGUAAAUGUUUACUUUUUCUCCUAGCAAAUAAUACCUUUUACUAUGCCUGAUAACAAGCACAAACCAAAAUUAAAGAUAAGGUAUGUCAUAAACUUCAAAAAUACCUUUGGCUGGAUUGGAUUGUGGUUGUAUUCUAGCAUAGUAUCCAUCUGUCAGCAAGGUCUACAUCAGUUAAGCACAGAAUAAACUUGUCUUCAUAACAAAAGCUGUGAUUCUUCAACAAAACAUAUACUUGAAUUCUCACACUUCAGUUAUGUUGAUUACACUUGUGAUAGUUUAGCAAUUUCUGGGUAUGUGAUGGAAAAAUAUUUUCUGUUAAUAAAUAACUUCAGUGAAAGUA